AGCCGCAAAUGUACUGCAUCAAUUGGGUCAUGCAUUUGGUUGUCCACACGAUCCCCGAAAUUGUAAACGAAAAGAUACCAGCGGAUAUUACAUCAUGCAUCCUAACAUUCGUGUUUGGGCUUCCGGUACUUUUAAUUUUUCUUCGUACUGCAAGAAGAAAAUCAGACAAUUCAUAAAAAGAAAAGAAAUAGAUUUUUGUCUGAAGUCACUCCAACGAUCUGUGUGUGGAAAUGGAAUUGUCGAGGAUGGAGAAUCCUGCGACUGUGAUUACUCUACCGGUAAAUGUAAUAUACAGAAGACGUGCUGCACAAAUAAAAAUUCUCCAUUACCGUGCACGAUUCAAAGAAAAAAAGAUUGCUCACCUGCUACAGACGAGUGUUGCAAUUCAAAUUGUAAACUGAAUACACGCAACGAUAUAAAGUGUUUAAGCAACAUACUAUGUCAUAACACUACCGACGUAUGUGCUACUAAUUCGUCAUUUUGUCCAAUGAAACGACAGCCAGACCGAUCACCGUGUAUAGGUACAUCGAAAACUUGUCGUUCUGGGAAAUGCAUAAGCAACGUUUGUAAAGACAAUGGGCUAAAAAGUUGCAGUUGUUUGCCUCUGAAAUGGGAAUGUCAUAUUUGUUGCGAAAGCAAACCUAAAAUCUGUCAAAGCGCCGAAUCACUCGGUUACGUUCCAUCGAAUCAUCAACUCUAUAUAAAAGUAGAAGGAUCAUAUUGCGAUAAAAAUUUUGGAAUAUGCAUGAGUGACGGGAGCUGCUUAUCAAAGAAAAGUUACAGUGUCUGGUACUAUAUGUCACCGUUGCCUUUCGUUAUUUUAAUUAUUGUAGGUUUAACGUAUCUUCCCGGAAGAUCUAAAUCAAAUUACAACGAAGACAUUCUAACGACAAUACGAAAGAAAAAGGUGAUGAAAUCGCAACAGAAAGAUAAAGAAGAGAAACAAUCUUCAAUUAAAACGAUCAAACAGGAAGUGCAUUCAUUAAGUAUAAAAUCCAAGAAAGAUAUACAAUUACCAACGCAAGAACAACAAGAAUCUCAAGAACCUACUGAAGUCAAGAAAAAAUUUCAAUUGCCUAUUCGAUUGAAACAAAAGCAAAAGCAGAUACCAAUGAAAACCAUCAAGAAACAAACGCAGGGUGAACCUUCUCCUGUCCAAACACAAGUCGAGCGAGGAGAGCAAUCGACUAGUCGAGCAAAUCCAGCCAAAAAAGUAAAAGUAUUCGUCAAGAAAAAGUUAAAACCGAAGACACUAAAAGAUGAAAAUUGAAAUAUCAUCAUUUUCAUCCAAUAUUUUUUCUCGCUUCGCAAUAAAUUUCAAUUUCUAUGACUAGAAAUAAGUUUAAUUUCUCUCGAAAAUUUCAUCGUAUAUUUCUACUUAUAACCUAACUAUAAAUUGUUGUAUGAACAUAUGUAAUAAAUUCUAAGAUAUUUAAAAGCUAAUUUCUUCAACAGAUCUUUAAUUUAAAACAUUUCUAUGAAAUAUAUAAAAUCGAUUGCGUAAACUUACAUUUUAGUUAAGUAUAAUAGUAUUGUCUGUUAAACAAAUCGUAUAAUAUGAAUUCUUUAUAAGGCGCUUCUCGUUCAAGGUGACAUAUGGCUAUGGAUAUUUAAUUCAUUUAAGAAAAAUGACUAAUACUUUUUUAGGACAACUAACCACUUCCUCUAACCAUACAGUCUAGCAAAA